AAUAAUGAGUGAACAAACAUACAACUUGCAAUUUACAUUUAUUUACAUCUAAUUAUAUCCUAAUUAUAGUCUUAGUAAGCUCAACUUACUUAUCUUCAAUGGCAAGCAACACAUUGACAUGCUCUGGUGGUGCUGCCACUAUGGUGUCAAACCACACGGUCACCGGCCGCAGCCCGGCCCUAGUUGGUUUCGGCCAACGUGUCGGGGUGUCCCUAACACCAUCAUUGAAGACCCCUUCAAUGGUGGUGAGAGCCCAACAAGGAGGAAGUCCUAAGAAAAUGGAUCCAAUGUCACCUAACCAUUUCCACAAAAAGGUUGCCCUCCUUGAGACCUCUCCUUAUGUGCGUACCCCUUGGAAUACGAAUGAGGAUGAGCACGAGAUCAGGAUGUGGUUUGACAUGCCAGGACUUGCAGCUGAAAACAUCGACGUGAACGUUGUCGACGACUUGCUAGUGAUCAAGGGAGACGGUGGAGUUGAUGCAUUUGGAAACAAGAUAUUUAGCCCUUACGAUAGUAGGGUUCAACUCCCCCUUAACUCUUGGAAGGAAGAGAUUACAGCCGUGUUUAAGAAUGGUGUUCUCUAUAUUACUGUGCCUAAGAUCACCAAAUUUGAGCACAAAAUCAUCCAUGUUCCAGUUAGAUCCGUUUAAUUAAUUUUCUCAUCACAAGUUAUUGCAUAUUUAUGAAUUAAAUGUCUUCAAUACUCUAUAUGGGAGACUAGGUUUUGUGUGUGUUUAAAAACUUGUAUUUGAAUAAUUAUGUGUGAUAGAGAAUCUCUCUUCAUACUUCUUUGCUUCAAUGUAUCAAGUUGUAUGACUUUGUUGCUUAAUUAAUAUCUUAUGAUCAUACAAUAAGAUAUGUUUUUAACUUUUUACAUACC